AUGCGCGUUGCCGCAACAACACCGCAGGCUCUCGAGCUUCUGCACAGUAUCGCUGCUACAGCAAUAUCUUGGUCAUCCGGUCGACUUGACGUGUUUGGCCUGGGGACCAACAAUGCCCUAUACCACAAAUGGUAUCAAAGACAAUGGGGUCCUUCCCAGAACGACUGGGAGUACCUUGGAGGUACCUUCAGCAGCCAGCCAACCGCAGUCUCCUGGGGAGACGACAGAAUCGACAUUUUUGGCCUAGGCACCAAUAACCAAAUGUACCAUAAGUAUUGGGACGGAUCUGCUUGGGGUCCUUCCACUACCGGGUACGAAAACUUGGGAGGCGUUUUCAGUUCCCGCCCAUCAGCUGUCUCAUGGGCCGAAAAUCGACUCGAUAUCUUCGGGCUUGGAACAAACAACCAAAUGUACCACAAAUGGUGGAACGGCGCUCGAUGGGGACCAUCACAGACGGAUUGGGAGAAUCUUGGAGGCGUGUUCAGCAGCCCUCCAAGCGCGGUCUCCUGGGGCCCAAAUCGAAUUGAUAUCUUCGGCUUAGGUACCGAUAACCGGAUGUACCACAAAUGGUGGGAUGGCUCUCGCUGGGGGCCAUCGCAGACUGGUUGGGAAAAUCUCGGUGGAGUCUUCAACAGCCAGCCGGUCGCCGUGGCCUGGAGUGCCAAUCGACUCGAUAUUUUCGGAGUCGGUACGGACAAUGCCUUGUAUCACAAAUGGUGGGAUGGAUCUCGAUGGGGUCCGUCGACGACUGGGUGGGAAAACCUCGGUGGCGUUUUGACUAGCCCUCCAGCAGUUGUCUCGUGGGCAGCCAACCGGCUUGAUAUUUUCGGAAUUGGGACCGACAACCAAAUGUAUCACAAAUGGUGGGAUGGCUCGAGAUGGAAUGAUUGGGAGGCUCUCGGUGGCGUCUUCAACAGCGCACCAGCAGCUGUCUCUUGGGGCCGGGGACGACUCGAUAUAUUUGGUCUAGGAACAAAUAACGCCAUGUUCCACAAGUGGUUCGAUGGAAGAUGGGGCCCAUCGAUAACUGGAUGGGAAUCACUUGGCGGUACAUUCACCUCGUCCUAA